GUAAAAGGUCGCUUAAAGGUCACUCGAGCUUUUGGGGCAGGCUUCCUGAAACAGCCUAAGUUGAAUGAUGCACUACUGCAAAUGUUUCGCAAUGAGUAUAUUGGCCAAACACCUUACAUUUCUUGUAUACCUUCACUGCGUCACCAUAGACUCUGCCCCAAAGACCACUUUUUAGUGCUCUCUUCUGAUGGUUUAUACCAAUAUUUGAGCAAUGAAGAGGUUGUUUCUCAUGUUGAAGAUUUUAUGGAGAAAUGUCCCGAUGGAGAUCCUGCUCAGCACUUGAUUGAGGAACUUUUAUUCCGUGCUGCCAAGAAAGCUGUGAUGGAUUUUCAUGAAUUGCUUGACAUCCCACAAGGAG